UCGAUGUCAUAACAUAACCUCGAGCAGCAACAAUUAAUGAAUUAUUAAAUUGUAACACAAACGAAACCUAGGGGCCUGCCAAUAUGUUAAAGUUAAGUCGUGUGAAUCAGUUGCGUGCUUCGUCUCUAAGAUUUUUGGCCGCGCAGCCUCAAGCACAAGUCGAGGCAGCGUCUGGGUCUGGGACAAGCAAUGAAAUCAGUCCCGAACCAGAGUAUCCACCAAUUCGGGACCUGACAUACAAGGCGGUCAAGCGCAGAGAAGCUGGCGAUUGGCAUGAAGAAAUACGUAAAGUACCGACCGUAGAAGAAAAGCUAAUUAAAGUGAACAUGCCUCGUUAUUAUGGAUACAAAGUGGUCGACUUCAACGACAACAAAAUUCCAUACAACGCAUUGCCGGUAACGCAACAUUACACGCGCACAGUGCUGCAAGAGUUGCCGCUACCAACUACCGAUGAAGGCCAGAAGUCUGAAUCAAGUUUAGAUUCUUUCCUACAAGCCGCCCGCAGUGAUGUUAUUGACGCUCUGGAACUGGCACACGACUUCUACAACCACCAGGCGACGCUACCCGACUUUGUGCCCUCUGAUGCCGUUACCCGGGAACGCCAGCUGACGCAAAUAAUUGUAGAGCAGGUUAACAGAGCUUUACAGCAGGUGCUCAGCGCUGAUUUUCCGCAUCUAAAUGAUGUCGAGGUGGACUACAAUCCGCGGCACGAGGCCUUCUGGGCAGUUGGCGGAGUUGAUGCUCCAAAAAAUGUGCAAAACUCAAAAAAAGGUCGGGACUGGCAGAAAGACGAUGCUAGUGACAGCGUUGACCGAUUGGUCCAAUACACUGGUUCUCCUUACCUGGCGCUCCGCCAUCGUCAGCAGCUGUGUCCAUGGAUGACCGAAACGGAAAGUGAAAAUAUAGAACUGGCCCGACAGCUGCCACGCUUUAACCAUGAUGCCCGUACCUUGGGCUACAGAACCACCUACCAGCAUGCAGUUAAUGUGCCCGGCUACUGGCCGAGUGCUAGCGGGCCCAACUUUGGUUUACUAUCGUUUCAAUCGCGAGCUUCCCUCCAGAUGCGUCACAAGGCAUAUGGGGAUGCCGACUUUCAGGAAGCUCUAAAUGCCCUGGCUAUUAAGUCUUCAUACGCAUGGCUGUUGGCGCAGGCCACUUACAACGGGUUCAAUACCUAUAACGACCUCACCUACCCCAUGAACACCCAAACUGUGAUCACAAAUGGUCGCGAAUGGAGUUUCUACGAGUACCAGCUCAACACGUUGCUUCUGCACGGCAACCAAGUGGACGAAAAUCCCCGAGUGAACAGCUGUCGAGGCACACCGCCUCUUCCCCUCUACGCAGAGAUAUCAGAAAAAGGAAAGUGUGUGGACUUCAAUGAUGCCACGCUAAAGCAGCUGCUCAGAGUGUAUACAAACGUCCCGAAGGUUGAGCGCGCUGCCAACGAGCUCCAUCCGUAUGUGACAGCUCGCACCACUGACUAUGAUAAUGCACAACAGCGCGAUUUUAUUGAGAAAACUUUUAAGCAUUUGUCUUCAAAGCGACCCCGUCAUCUUGAGCUGCCCGAGAUUUACUUGUGGGAGAAGUUGUACAAGAUUGACCAUAAGACUCGCGCCAUGGAGGCGAAACGACGCUUCUUUGAGCUGGACAUAAACCCAUGGCGGCGAACACUUGAUACCCACGACAAAGAGUACGUUCCACGGGCGGUGCGACCGGGCGGACGUAAGAAUCGCGAAGGUCGUUUUAAGAAAACUUUCUACCCCUAAAUGGUUCCAGGAAAUUCGAGUAUGUUUUUUUUUUUUUCAAUAAAUCAAACGAUUUUUGUUAUACAAACCUC